GUCACAUCGUUAUAAUGAGUGUAAGUCGAUUGUUAUGUGUAUUACUCGUUAUAUCGUUGGUUUACAGCGCAUCGGCACAGAAAAAACAAAAACAGAAGAAAGCAAAGAAUAAUAAUGGAAAUAAGAAUGCCAACCAAGAUGAGAAAGAACAGGCUAUUAUGAAACAAUUCUUUGAUAAAUACUGCACUGAAGACGAUCCAAACAUUUUGAAAAAACUCGAAGCCUGUGAGAAUCAAGAGCCACCUGAGUUCAGGACUAUAGAAAAAGAGUGUUUAUUAGUUGUGGCCAAUAUCUCAAAGCCAAUCACUUAUAAAGAGAUUAUCAAAAUAGAAUGCGACGAAGUUCUAGGUGAAAAGUAUCCCAAAUUACAACAAACUGUCCAAAAGAUCAUGGAUUGCGGACUUGACUGCUAUGGAUUGAAACACAUUUAAGUUAUUUACAAAAUUAUAUUAUAAUUUAGGUGAAGGGUAGGC